AUGCAGUUAAUAAAGAUCCCGGGCAUCAAUCUAGAUGUGUUCUCCAAAGGUGUGAACAAACAAGGAGGCUCGGAAGGUCAUGCUACGGAGGCGGACAAUGGCGGCGACGGCGAUAAGUCGCCGUCCCAGGCGGCUAAUGCGCCAACUGCGGACUCAACAACUGCUACAGGCGAGGGCAUGCAGGGCAAGGAAUUCCCUCCAGACGUUGACGAGGACUUGGCUGGGCACGAGCUCCUCUGGUCUACGCAAUACACAUACGAGGAGUUCAUCGAUUCGCUGUCGGUGGCCCACGAGGGCCGCGGAGAGACCGCGAAAGAGAAAAGGCACUGGUCAUAUCCACGCAGAUGGCUCGUGAAGCUGCACAACCUCAAAAUUGUCAACUGCAUCUCCGAUUCGCUUACAUGCUUCGCUGAGUUCGACUUUGGCGGGUCACGCUCCGAGUGCCGAGUGCAAAUGGGCAGCAGCGUCUGCAUUCUGAACCGCGGGGAGACGAAGAACUACAUCAGGACUACGGUCGUGCGGAACGUGACCAAGGACGUGCCACGAUCGUUCAACUGUGCCCACGAGUUUGAAUACCGCGGCAGCUACCUGGACCUCGAGUAUGAGAAGCUGAAAAUCAAACUUUGGCAGUACCGCACGACGAACCUGAACGGGCUGGAGUCGAUAUAUGAGGGCCAGUUGCUCCAGUUUGCCAAAGGCGACACUCAUGUGGAGAUCCCCAUGUACAAGGGCCUCAAUAAGCAGCGCCGCCUGCGGUGCCGCAUCUCGUUCGACCUGUAUUUCCAGGAGCUCUACGACUUCGAGCUUUCGUUCAUAAGCUGGCGGCUGGCGGACUGCCCGUCAUUCCUCGACCUGCUUUACAAGAGUAAGGAGGCGAUAGAAAAUGUGAAGGCAGCGGCUAAGGACGCCGAUGGCAAGGACAAGCAACGCGCCAAAGGAAAUUCAAACAUCUCGUUUUCCAUAUUCGACAAAAUGAUCUACUACUUCAUGCGUAAAAGGAUCGAGCGGGAUUUCAAGAAAUCGGCACACAUUCGACGGGAGACCACCGGCAACAUCCCGACCGCAGAGGUGCCUGUGGAAGUGGAGACUCUGGAUCCGUACAUGACGCUGCUACGGGAUCAAAAAGACAUUGCCUUCCACAGCAACACGGUGCCGCAGACGAAAAAUCGUGAAACAUCGGUGAAGCUCAGGUUACAUAUUAAAACCGACUCAGCGUUCAGGCAUGCCACGUACUUGCAGCUGUCGUCUAUCGUAUCGAAGAACACGCGAGAUGUGUAUUGGGAGAAUAUGGGUGAAAUAAUAUUCAGGGGCACUUUGCUGGACCUGGAGCGUGCGGAGCUCGAAAUAGACAUCAUCGACGUCAACGCUCCGAAGGCCGUGAGAAAGAUUGGCCACGUGGUGUUGCCAUUAGCGGGCAUCGUGGACUACCCUUACCUCCGGAGCCAGCUGUCAAAGCCCAAAUGGCUAACGUUGAAGGCCAACAUGGAGGGAUGGGGCUCUGUGUUGGAGCGGAUGAAUUUCGGGACGCUCAGUGGCAAAAUAAAAAUCCAGCACAAACCCCGAUAUCGCCAGCUUACGAACCCGUCGGGGCUCACCCUAUACAGCUAUCCUAUCAUGCUUAUAGUGACCAUUGGCAGCGUGGACCAGCUUAUCUUGGAUGACGAUAAUGCAUGCAUCGACUCCUACGUCGAGGUCACGUACAACAGGUGGACCUAUCGCACUUUCAGGUGCAAGAACAGCCGCGCGCCGGUUUGGAACGAAGAUAUCCUGAUCCCGUUCUUGAGCAACGACGACGAAAGGAUCAACUGCUCCGUGAUCUUGCAGAGCAGUCCAGUUAGGUUCACGAUUUGGGGCUGCUCGAACCGCGACAACAAGGUAACGUACCUGGGAGGUACGAUGCUGUACCCGUACGAGAUAUUUUACACGCCCAAGGGAUCUUUGAAGCAACGCGUAAAGAAGACAUACGCCGAAAACGGGCAAUACGGUAACCUGUACGAGUCACGUGUGUUCGACACUCGCGUUUUCAACGGCCCGCUGAAGCUGUCGUUCCUCAACAACGAUGAACGCCAGUCCAAUCUCACGGUGUCCGCCUGGUUGUACCCAGACAUGCCCGACGAGUCGAUGCCGGACCAGUUCGACAUCAAGCGGCUGCGAACGGACCAGAUUGUCCUGCCGUCGUUCCAGAUGACGACCGUUUACCCCCGCCUGCUUGAUUACUGGCAGAGUGUCGUGGAUAUGAAGUUCAAGCCGAUAUUCAAAAACAUUGGCUCCAUCAGUGUGGAAUGCGCCACGCAAACGCAUCCGCGUGUCUACCUGCCGUGCCUCAUCACCCCGAUGCACCCGCCCAUGGGCAUAGACACGCCCAAUGCAGUGUUUCACAUGAUACGGUGCCUGCCGUUUGUGAAAAGGACGUAUGACACAAAGUUCACAGCCGACUUCCUGAUGAAGCUCAAGGCGGGGAAUGCGUUCGACCACUGCGUGUUGCAGUGCAGCUAUCUCCGAGGGCUGACCCCGCCUGUGGAGGCUUUCAUAUGCGUCGGCUUCACGCAAGACGGACGCCAGCACUCCUGGGUGGCAAGCAUCCAUCCGGAUUUGAACAGGACAGUUAAAAUGUGGGAGAGCACAACGGGGGAUAUACACAUCCUGAAGAACCGGCUGGUCUCCGAGGAGGAUGAAAACGAUCCCGUAAGCGACAGGCGACUUCGCCUAAAGCUCAACAGUAAAUUUCCGUACACAAAGCUGAUCUACAUGUUUAACGAACGUAACGUAUGGUUGAACGUCCAAGGCUUCAGUGAUCCGCAGCUGCUAUUAUUCGAUGUCGACAACCCGGAGCUGUGGUACCCCUUCGUGCCAAACAACCCCUUCCAUCAGCCUGUCCAUGUUCCCCAUAUAUCGUACGAGAGGUUGAACGAAUACGAGAUACAGCGCGUUGCGCACGACCUCGAGCAAAGCUUGGAGCGCAACCUCACCAUCCACCGGUAUGCACAGAACCUGCAGACCAGGUGGAACAAGGAUGAGGCUCUGCACAGAUUCCUGCUCACCGGAUUGAAAUUGCUGCACCAGAUCAACACCUGUCCAGACGUGGACACGCAGCUGGCCAAGUGUGAGCUCCAUGAGUGGAAGCUGAUGCUGAACAAGAACAUACCGCAGAGCCACCAGGUGGUGGUGGUUCCGCUGCAUUUCAAUGUAGUGGAUGCCGAUUUCAUCGCAGAAAAUAUCAAAACCAAAGUUCCGCUAUUGGACUCCCGCGAAAGGUUCAUCACCUUCGCGAUGGCCAGCUGGGUGAUCAGCAUACCCGGCAGCCUCUUCAGCGUGUACGUGAUACUCCUGGUGGCGCAAAAGAUCCAUGAGCGCGUGAGGAUACGGCUCGUGAUGGAGCAGGAGAGGCUGGCUCAGCGGAAGCGCAAGAAGAAGUCUGCAUCGACGAUGGACGAAGAUUCCAACGAUAUUAUGAACCGUGAGGACAGCCUCAACGAUAGUCUCAAGGCCGCCCUGGAGUCCAAUUUGGAGCUGUCUGGUGAGUACUCGGAGCCGAGCAAACAAUUCUCGUCGCUCAUGGAGCAGAUCGAUCACAAUCUGGCCCACCAGGAUGACCAAUUGACCAAACUGUACACUCGUGCGCUAACCAAGGCCGCCGCAGCAGUUACACAGCAGCCGACACAAUACAUGACCAAAGAUCUCUCCUCAUCGCUCGGUGAAAGCAUGUCAUCUGAUGUAGUGAACGACCUGAUAAGUGAUGAAUCAAGCAGCCUCCACUCUUCCUCCUCAUCCAUUGCGAUUGAUUUUGCCAACCUAGGCUCUUCACCGCAGUUUUCGUCAAGAGACGAAAUGGUUGGUGGAAUGUCCGAAGAGCAAAGCCACACGAACACACAUGACACGCUCAGCAGCGCAGGCAGUAUCAGCGCACUCGAUUCAGGAACCGAUGACAUCAUGAAAGCGCCUAGCUACAUUUACAACAGGGAGUCAUCUGGCAGUCAGCCCUCUGUGGACGUACGUAAGGGUAAUAAGUACAAAUCAGGAUCAUUGAAGAGUACUUCAAUAAAUCCGAACCUAAUCAGCAGAGAGUCCUUCCUCCAGACAUCAUCCGUGUCUUCGUUCGACUCCGGUUUUGAUAUUGGCAGUGGAACAUUCGACGAAUCCGAUCCAGACGAACCACGGGAUGCAACAUCGGCGUUCUCCGAUGAAACGCGGAGCGACAAGGGAAUGCUCCUCACAGAGGAUGAGGCCUUGGCCUCCGGAGCGAGCAAUCUCGUUUCGCCGCACGUAUCUCCUACCGCAAGCGAGUCGUUGUCAAGCGUCGGUGAUCCACUGUUUGGGGGAGUUGAUAGGAUAUACAGUGCGCUACAGUCUAUGUCAUCAUACGGACAAAGCGCCACCGUGUCGAUCAACGGCGACUCGUCCAACGAAUCCAUCACGGUUUUGUCAUCGGGUCGUAUGGAUAGCGGAACUCGUUCUGAUAUGUCUAGAGAUGUCCACGCGGCAUUGUCAUCCGACGGUUCGUACGUGGCUGAGAAGCCGCAACGCCGUGGAUCUGCCAGACGGUUUUUGGAUUCGCUUACUAAAAUGACCUCUAGAGUGAUGUCGCGCAGCUCCGGUCAUGGGAACUCGUCGGAAAGUGGUGCGGAUACCUUGCGCAGAUCUACGGAGUCCGACACCUUGCUCGACGACGAUGACGAUGACUGGAGCGACAGUAUCGUCAGCAGCUUCACGGAGUCAGCUAGCGUCUCCAACGCAAACAGUUCGCGCAUGAGCGAUAACAGUUCGAGAGUGAGCGAUGUUACGUAUCAACUCGAUUCCGAGCCGUCAGCACGCCCGCAGCCGGUGGAGGAGAGCCCAGUGAGCAGCGCCCUGGUGAGCCGCAGCAACACCACUACUGACAUUACCAUGUCGAGCUCUACCUUUUCGAACCUGGCGAGCAGUGUCAGCAUCUCCAAUUCGGAGCACAGUGCGAACUUGGAGUCAACGUACGAAGAUGAAUCUGCAACGACGCAGCGGUCAGUUCACGAGGAACCGCAAGCCGCUCCGAAGGCUGAGUCCAUAAAGCCAGCUGUGGUGGAUACUCCCAGCGUCCUGCCGCGCAUAGAACGUCGCGGCCGUUUGAAAACCAUCGGCAACAUUAGGGAAUCCAUGGACACGCAUAGAAGCAUCACGGAAAGCACGCCCUCAGACGCAGCGCCAGCGAGUACAGGGGGAUCAUUCUUCUCGCAGGAUUCACAGGAGUACUCUUCUACCAGCUUCACUGACUUGGAUGCUUACAGCACCGUCAGCAGUGACGGAUCGUCGUCCACCAACAAGGUGUCAUUCGCGGAAACGGCAACCAUAUACUCCAGGGACAAAGGCGUGACACAGGUUCCGACGCUGCAGUCGGACACGCCCAGCCAACGCCUGGCACGCUCGCUUUUCAAUAAAUCGAAGGUACGAACUAAAGAGUGGGAGACGCCGCCUCAGAAAACCCAUGCGGUGUGCGACUUCAAAUAUGUGGACCUGUUCCGCGGAUUCCUUUAA